CCGUCAUUACACCUCGCGUGCGCGCCUCCUCUCUUCUUCCCCUUCUCCGUUCUUACUCUCGGAUUCCAAUUUCCAAUUCCGUUCUUUCUUUCUUGUUCUUGUACCUCCAAAUCUGCUACAAUGGCGACUCGAGAGUUGAUCCUCUCUUUGUCUUACAGAGCUGCGGCAACGGAAGCACAUCUCGAGGCGCUCAGCAACAGUCUUACGGCGAUCGCCGAUCGAUUGACGACGAUAGGCGACAUGACGCGCCAGUGCUCCACUCUCCUUAACGAACUUCAAGAUCGGAGCACCGCUCUCAUCACCAAGGCGGACGGUCACUCCUCCGAUUUAGCUGGGAUAAAAGUGCGUCUGGACGGCAUCGCUCCGUCGCGGUUGACUGAGCGAGGCAGGGAGAAUGUCGCCGCGGAUGUGAUUCUGCCGGUGGUUGCCGACGGUAGCUCGCUCCGUCGCGAGAAUCGUCAGGUUGAUUUUCCAUCUGGUCCGCCUGUCCUUCCACUCCUCACCACCACUGCUCCCUCCGAUGCGACUCUUCACUCGUCCAGUCCAAGUCGAGAGGAUUUCAGCACUUCUUCGCCUGCUUCGCAGCGGACUAGCAAGCGCCGUCGCGAGAAUCGUCAGGUUGAUUUUCCAUCUGGUCCGCCAUUCCUUCCACUCCUCACCACCACUGCUCCCUCCGAUGCGACUCUUCACUCGUCCAGUCCAAGUCCAGAGGAUUCCAGCACUUCUUCGCCUGCUUCGCAGCGGACUAGCAAGCGCCGUCGUCGGACCUCCACCCCCAGCAACAAGAGAGUGCUGGGGAAGCGGCAUCCGAUGGACCUUAUACUUCCGGCUGGUCACCGAGCACUGCUACCUGAUGGUCUUGGAAAAGCUUUCCCUCGUACCAGGAUUUUUCUCAGGGACCUUAUAAAUUGGAUGAUUGCUGGAGAGAGCUUGGAGUUGGACGUGGAUAAACGGACGGUUCAGGAAAUUGAUCAUUUGAGUAAGGUUCUGCGAAGGCAGAAAGUGAUUGUGGUGGCUAGUAAUGAAGAGGUGGAAGGUUUGAAGUAUUUGCGAGCAGAAGGAUUCAAUGGCCUGAUCAGAAUCAGGCCAAAGCAUUGCUCUACAGCUGAGAUCGGGGAUUUGCAGAGACGGAUUAGAGCGCUCGGUCUUCAGCUUGCUUCUGGAGGGCCUCGUUGGGAGCGGAGAUGAAAUGCUUGGGCUUGUUGAUGCUUUGUCCUUGUGCUGAAAUGCUUUUCCUUGCAGAGUGGAGAUGUGAGCCUUGCUUGGUUCCUUCUUGAUAGCCUUGAUGGGGUAUAAGUGAUAUCACUGUGAUUUGUUUGGACGGGGACAUCUGAACUUCUUAUAGUUUGUUAGAGAGUAGUACUUGAUACAUGACGGUAAAUAGUUUGCAGCAAUGACGAGCUGAAGUUUGAAUGACUGUUGGAUAUGUAGUUGUAGUUUCCUAGUUUCCUGCAGAAAUGCUUCCAGCCUUGGUUUGAGAAAUUGAAUCAUCCAGUGCAAAUGUAAUAGACUUUUCUGUGACAGGUUUAUCCUAUCUGUACUCAUCUUCCACCUUGUGCGAUAGAGCUAUUUCUUAUUGCUUCAUGUAGUUUUGGCCAUGUGACUCGAGUUGAGAGGCUAAAGAGUAACUGCAACUCUGCAUCAACUCCUUAUCUAUUAGGAAACUGAACAUCCAG